UAAAAAAAGGAAAAAAAAGGAAAAAGGGGCAAUUACACAAUUCUAAUUUCUCUCUCUACAUUCACUCUUCCGAUCCAGGGGAAGAGAGAAAGAAAGCAAUCAUUUCCAUAAAUCCAUCAAUUAAUAGGAAAUUUGAAAAGAUUCUUUAAAGAUAUUCAUUGAAUUUCAUUAAAUUUCUCCCGAAUCUUGUAUAUUUGAUUGAUUCGUUUUUAAUUAGGCAAAGGAAAGUUAUUAAUUAUUAGAGGAGGAAGAUAGACAGCCCUAGAUGGUGUAUUAAAUUAGCAAUUAGGGUUUGAAAGGCGGGAUAGAUUUUGGAAACUCAAUGCAGCGGGAAAGUGCAAUCCGCAUCGGAUUGAGCGAGCGAGAAAUCGGGAUCGUCGGAUUCUAGCGGUGUAGGAAUCCGAUUGGAAUGUGGGGAGCUUUUGAUACUGUUUAUGCGGAAAAAUUGUUAGGCAUUAGGAAGAAGGAUCGAGAUACAGCUGGUGGCGGUGGUGGUGCGGCUUCGGCGUUGGAGGUAGAGGGAAUAGGAAAGGGUUAUUUGGUUGUAGAAAGAGGAGAGGAGGUUGUGUUGGAGGAGGAGGUGGCGGAGGGGCUCCGGGGAGGAAGAUGCAGCUGCACUUCUCACCUAGCAUGAGAAGUAUAACGAUAUCGAGCAGCAGCAACGGCACUGCGAAUGGAGGAUUUGGUAGUGGUGGGGGUGAUUUGAUGAAGAUCAAGCUUGCAGCUCGCCACAUCUCCUACCGCACCCUCUUUCACACCAUCCUCAUCUUAGCGUUUUUAUUGCCCUUUGUCUUCAUUUUAACUGCCCUUAUUACCCUUGAAGGUGUCAACAAGUGCUCCACAAUCGAUUGUCUUGGCAGGCGGCUAGGGCCAAAGGUUUUUGGCAGAGCUGAUGAUUCUGGGAGGCUGGUAAAGGAAUUUGUUAAGAUUCUCAACCAAGUAAAUACUGAAGAAGUCCCAGAACGUCUGAAGCUUCCCGAUUCCUUCCGCCAACUUGUUUCUGAAACAAAAAAUAACAAAUAUACAGCAAAAGAGUUUGCUUUGAUCUUGAAGGGAAUGAUGGAGAGAUUGGAAAAGGAGAUCAAGGCAGCAAAGUUUGCUGAGCUCACCAAUAAGCAUUUUGCUGCCAGUUCGGUUCCAAAAGGCCUUCACUGCCUUUCUUUGCGUUUGACAGAUGAAUACUCCUCUAAUGCUCAUGCACGAAAACAAUUGCCUUCUCCUGAAUUACUUCCUUUGCUUUCUGACAACUUGUACCAUCAUUUUGUGGUGUCAACCGAUAACAUUCUGGCUGCAGCAGUGGUGGUUAAUUCUACCGUUCAGUCUUCUCUAAAUCCUGAAAAAAUUGUUUUCCAUGUCAUCACGGACAAGAAAACAUAUGCAGGCAUGCAUUCCUGGUUUGCGUUGAAUCCUAUCUCUCCUGCUAUUAUUGAAGUAAAAGGAGUUCAUCAGUUUGAUUGGUUAACUAGAGAGAAUGUUCCAGUGCUUGAAGCAGUGGAGAACCAUAAUGUGAUUCGAAAGUAUUACCAUGGAAAUCAUGUGGCUGGGGCCAAUCUCAGUGAUACCACUCCCAGAACAUUCGCGUCAAAAUUGCAGGCUAGAAGUCCCAAAUAUAUAUCUUUGCUCAACCAUCUCAGAAUAUAUUUGCCUGAGCUCUUUCCAAACCUCGACAAGGUGGUUUUCUUAGACGAUGAUGUCGUCAUUCAGCAAGACUUGUCACCUCUCUGGGAUAUCGAUCUUCAUGGAAAAGUCAAUGGAGCUGUAGAAACCUGUAAAGGUGAAGAUGAGUGGGUAAUGUCUAAGAGAUUCAGGAAUUACUUCAAUUUCUCUCAUCCCCUUAUAGCAAAGAAUCUGAACCCUGAAGAAUGUGCAUGGGCUUACGGGAUGAAUAUUUUUGACUUGCGUGCGUGGAGACAGACAAAUGUAAGAGAGACUUAUCAUGCGUGGCUUAAGGAGAAUCUGAUGUCAAACCUAACACUGUGGAAGCUAGGUACUUUACCUCCUGCUUUAAUUGCAUUCAAGGGUCAUGUUCACCCAAUUGACCCCUUCUGGCACAUGCUUGGCUUGGGGUACCAGAACAAGACCAACAUUGAAAAUCUUAGAAAGGCUGCUGUAAUUCACUACAACGGCCAAGCAAAGCCAUGGCUGGAGAUAGGUUUUGAGCAUCUCCGACCAUUUUGGACUAAGCAUGUCAACUACUCCAAUGACUUCGUCAGGAACUGCCACAUUUUGGAGUAGAAGUCCACUGAUGAAUUGCAUCGAAAGCAAAACAUGGGAUGGAAGCUGGAAAGAGAGUAGUUUUUCCUAAGAUCGUUGCUCGGCUUUGAGAAACUUGUUGGUAUGCAUUUGACAAAAAAUUUGGACUGGGACACAAUUUUUCAUGGAAGCGACUGGAUUUUGCUGCUGUCCUCCCUCUACCGAACAAGGGCCUGCGUUGGCAUGGGUUUGAGAUUCAUUCUUUCAUGUAUAAUAGCAUUUCGUGAUCUAUUCUUUUUGGUUGCACAAAGGACAUUAUUUUUGACCUCCUCGAUAGGCCUUACCUGUGUCUAAUUGCUAAGAAGGAAAUAAUGGGAAGAAAGGGCGUGGAUGGAAAUGUGACUUAAUGCCAUUGGUUGUACAAAUUGACCGAGAAGGAAUCUAGGGAUGCGGCCCCUCUUCCAGGCUCGCAGUUUGGCCCCAUUAGGCAUAGGAAUGGAAUUUUAUUUUCUUUUUCCCCCUCUUUACUCCUCAUUUUUAUUAUCUAUGUUAGUUUGCUGCCGUUCACCGACUUUUCCCCCCCCCUCCCUUAUUGCGAUUGUUUUAUCGUUAUGGUGACUUUAGAGGUAGAUUCCUGAGCUUUGCUCAGAUAGAGGUUCCCUUGAGCAAAGGAACUACUUUAGGUUACAUUACAUGUCGGUUCUGGUUUUGUACAAUUCAUGGAUAUUGUUGAAAUGUGCAGAAAAUUCUUUUUCAUUACCAA